AGAGAGAGAGCUUACCAGGAAAAAAGUGGCAAAGACAAAGGACUGAACAGCCUUUUUGGGAAGGAGGAGAGAGCAUAUUCACGUUUUUAAACCGGUUUAUGAGAGUUCAGCUUUGACCCCACCGACGGGAAGUGGCGGGACAUCCGUCUUCUGCUCAGCAUCAAAAUCCCUGUCGCAUCUGUUCCAGUGGAAGUGAGGCUUCAUGGUCAGCAGCCCACUUUAGAUGACUGGAUGGAAAGAGCUGUCAACACACACACAAACGCUCUGAGGAUGGAGGAAGUGGAAACACAGACAGAGCCACAGCGGUUUGAUUGACAAUGCCGACCAUUGAGGCGUUGUCGGAGGAGUAAUCUUAAAUUUGGGAUCAUCUCUUGCUUGCGAGUUUGACCGUGAAUCCCUUCUGGAGUUCCAGUUUUUUUUUGCCGUUCCAAGCUCGCCCUCCCUCCUGCUGAUCUGUCCUCACAUCUAUUCUUUAUAGGAAGCAGGUGUUGUGUUAAAACGGCUGCAGGUCUCAUUUACCUUGCAGCCCCCACCUCCCCCCCACUCGAAACACACAAGCUCCUCUCUUCCAAAGCGGCUGAGAGGUUGCCAUGGCAAUUGUUGUCAUGAUGCCAAUGUAGCGUCCUGAAGGUGGUAGUUGUGGAGGUAGUGGUGGAGCUGGAGGAGGUGGCGGCAACAGCGGCGGCGCUGUUGUUGGUGGUGGUGGUGGUGGUGAAAGCCCAGGAAUGGGAAGCGCUCCGUAUCCAGCCGGUGAGUGGAAGGGGAAGGGGAGAGGCGGCCUUCAGGAGCUGGGCUGCAUGCCCUGGAAGGUCAGCAAACAGAAAGGAGGUGGAGGUGGAGGUGGAGGUGGAGGAGGUGGCAGAGGAGGAGGAGAGGUGGUGGGAGCAGAGGAACGGAGGUACAGGGAUCCCAGGGACUCUCAGCAGCAGCAGCAGCAGGAUCUCUCAUCCUCCUCUUCCUCCCUCACCCCUCCAGCGCUUGCCCAGCCCUCUCCAACACCUCCGGCUAUUUAUCAUGAGAAGCAGCGGAGGGAACUGUGCGCCCUGCACGCGCUUAAUAACGUCUUCCAGGACGGGACAGCCUUCAGCAGGGACACCUUGCAGGAGAUCUACCAGAGGCUUUCUCCCAACACUCUGGUGACGCCUCACAAGAAAAGCAUGUUGGGAAACGGCAACUAUGAUGUAAAUGUCAUCAUGGCAGCCCUGCAGACUCGAGGGUUUGAAGCAGUUUGGUGGGAUAAAAGAAGGGACGUAGGAAGCAUCGAACUAUCCAACGUGACGGGCUUUAUUCUCAACGUGCCGUCCAAUCUACGCUGGGGGCCCCUGCGGCUGCCGCUCAAACGCCAGCACUGGAUAGGGGUCAGAGAGGUGGGAGGAGUCUACUACAACUUGGACUCCAAGCUGCGUAGCCCUCAACCCAUCGGCAAUCCGGACGAGCUCAGGAAGUUUCUCCGCCAGCAGCUGCGAGGGAAGAACUGUGAACUCUUGUUGGUAGUGUCAGAGGAAGUGGAGGCGCACCAAACGUGGCGGUCCGACGGUUAAGGGUGAACAGGCCAAUAUCAGCUCCUACUGGCCCAACGGCCCAACCAGAGAAUGAACGUGAGACGAAGUGGAGUCGUGCACAGCCAAUCACGUGGAUGCACACUUGCAUAUGUAAUUUUUUUCCCCCUUUUUUGGGUUUUGUUUACAUGGCCAUUGCUGGACUCUUAUCUGAUGAGAUGCAAAGCAAUGAAGGAAGCAAACACUUUACAGGGAGAAUCAAAGAAUCACACUCCUUUACUCACAACACAGUUAAGACUUAUAAGAAGUUAUUAUUACGUUUCUGCUAUUCUUGUGUUUUUAUAUAUAUAUUGACUAUUUUUCAAUGUCAGUUUUGAUCUGUUUUAUUUUUGUUUUUUUCCUUUUUACUGUUCAAGUUUCCAAAGUUAUGGGAACACAGGCUGCAUGGAAAAUGCUGUGUUUAUCUGUCCCUCUCCUUCAGUGAUCCUCCAUGUUUCUGUCUCUCCCUUAAUGUCGUAAAAUCUCUCUGUGUCCAAACCCCCCCCCCCCCCCCCCAGACCCCCGUCCUACACUUUCACCAAAGCGUGCCCUUCCUCGUCUCAGUGUGACUCCAUCUCACUCCUCCUCUCUCUGUCACUUUUGUCGUAUCACAAGUCAAAAUCAUCCUUUUUUGUCACACUCGCCAACUUUCUAUGUCAUCCAGUUCUCAGACACCACUGGCACAGAUUGAACAAAUGCUGUUACAGUCUGUGCUGACACAACAGUUUUAUAUGGCAACAAAGCAAUGCAACACCCGAGCCAAGCACUCCCUCUGGUGGAUGUUUGUCUUAGUUUCCUUCCAGGGAAGAAGUAACAACGGCAAUCAUUUAAAUUUUUUUAACUCAUCAAGGAAGUCAUUAAUUCAUUAUUGAUUAAAAAUAUCUUACUUAUAAGAAUCUGUCCCAAAAUAUAAAAUGAGACGAAUUGGCUGUAUUUUGUAUUACCGUUUGACAGUUAGAAGCAAUCAAUAAAUAAUAUUUAGUGUAAUGGUUCAUUCUUGGCUUUGGAAGAAGAAGUCAGCAAAACAAUCUCAGACUAAGGUCCACUUACUCACUUGUUCUGGUGCCUUUGGCUGUGUCACAUGGUCCUCAUCAGAAUCAACGAUAAGUUGAUUUAUUGAUCAGUCAAUCAACAGAAAAUUAAUCAUCAACCAUUUUGGUAGCAUAUUAAUCGUUUUCGGUUUUCUGAGUCAUAUAUGCUAGUAAACUAAAUAUUUUUUUGACUGUUAAAGGUCCAAAAUAUGUUAAAUAAAAAUACAGUAACCGUUAGUUGCAACCUUAAUUUCCAGCAUCUUCACCAUCUAAAGCAAACUCAAUCUGCUGAUGAGGACCGUGUGAUAGUCAAAAGCUCCAGAAAAAGCAAGUAAACGGAUAGUGAGUUUUGUUUUGUCAAUACUGAAUGUGAGUUACUGUUACAGAUCAUAUCAAUAUAAAGACAUAUGUUUUUUGUUCGUCUGUAUCACCCACUCUUGCUUAAGUACAGCCACAGUAACUUCUUGCGGCAGUGGUAGAAUGUCACUACAAAGACAUGUGACAAAACAAGGUUACACCACAAGGGAUGACACUUAUUCAUUAAUGGUGUUUGUGUGUUUUUUUGGCUCCACACCACAGCAGCCCUCUGUAGCACAGGAGCUCCUCCUCCUCGUCCUCUUUUUUAAAUGUCUUUUGUCAAACCUGCCAAACUCAGUGCUGAGAGGACGUCUCAGAUCGUCCCACCGAGUCUUAGAUAGUCAGCAGUGGUCUCUAAUGUGCGAGGUUUCAGUCUGAGGAGGGGGUUCUAGCGAUCGGUUGCGUGGAAGGAAGUUGUCAGUUUGAGAAAGAGAGCGGAGGGGGCGUAAAUGAUGUAGAAAAAGAAGAUGUUACUGUGUGUGCAGACCGGAAAAGAAAAGUGAAAGUUGACUUAGUGAGCACACGUCCAGCUAGACGUGUGCUGCGGCUGAUUAUCGUGAAAAUGAGCCAUAUGAGAGAUUCACUGUUGCUUAGAGAUCUGCUUAAAGAGAAACUGUUUAUAUUAUUAUACAUGUACCGUCUUCUAAUGACGGUACCGGCCUUAACUUGUUUACAUUAAAAAAAAGAAUGUUCUGAAAGUUUAAGAUGGGCUGUGCAGUUUGACACCAUUUCAGGAGAUUUAUUCCAAAGCAUCAAUUUAUUGUAAAUUCAGAGGAGAAAAAAAUGUAUCGGUUAUACAGAGCAAUCCAUCUUUAAUGAUGUUCUCACUUUUGCAGCCAAGGACUUUAUGUUACUUAUGAUUGUUUGAAAUGGUUUUAUAAAGACAAGAUCACAUGUUUUUCCAACAGUGCAUGUCUUUCCAGCCCGGGUCUGUAGACCUUUAGUGUCAUAUUAUAUCCAAGUUGAACCUGCAUCGAGACAUCAGAGAGGCUGUCACUGAUUUGCUGAGAUUUGUAUCCAAUCACGUCACGACUAUUGUCUCACCACUUCAUUCAAUAUUUGCUUUUUUUUGGUCUUUUUUUUUUUUUUUUGCCAUGACAAUCCAUUCAGCCCUACUUAAGUAAGGAAUCCUGAUUGUCACUGUAUUUUCUUUUUUAUUAUUAUUAUUAUUAUUUUUUUUUUUUGCAUAGAAAUAAAAUGCUUAUAA